AGCACAAAUUAGCAGGAGUGCCUGUAGAGUAGAGUGCCCUGAGGAGCUCAGCCAGGAGAACUAGGAGAAGACCGAAUCAAGCUAACUAGGCUUUCUAAUGGCUACCAAGUUGGUCAAUUUCUUGGGUAAAGGUGUGCCUCAAGGAGCGAGGAGCCCGUUUUUUAAAAACAGAGGAUGGAUUAACGGCCAAUGGGUAGAAGCUAAAGAGAAACGAUACUUUCCAGUCACUAAUCCAGCCAACACAGAGCUUAUUACUGAAGUUCCUGACAUGCAAAGAGAAGACGUUUUAGAAGCUAUUGAGUCUUCUUAUGCUGCUCAAAAGUUAUGGAGGAGGCAAACUGCCAAAAGUAGAGCCCUAUUACUGAGACAGUGGUAUGAAUUGAUGAAUAAACACAAAUCGGAAAUUGCAAAAAUGAUAACUAUAGAACAAGGGAAGCCAUAUACUGAAUCGUUAAAUGAAGUUAACUAUGGCAUGUCAUUUAUUGAUUGGUUCAGCGAAGAAGGAAAGAGAUUGUAUGGAGAUGUUUUGCCUUCUCCUCAAGAAAAUAAAAGAAUGUUUUUAAUGAAAGAGCCAGUAGGAGUUGCCGCUUUGAUCACGCCAUGGAAUUUCCCAUUGGCAAUGAUAACAAGAAAGGCAGGCGCUGCAUUAGCUGCUGGUUGCUCUAUAAUAAUUAAACCAUCAGAAGAAACGCCGCUAACUGCUCUGGCUAUAGCUCAGUUAUCACAUGAGGCAGGGAUACCGCCUGGCGUCAUCAACGUACUGACUUGCAGCAGAGACAGUGUCCAUGAAGUAUCUGAUGUUUUGUUGGAUGACGAGAGAAUAUCCAAAAUAUCAUUCACUGGUUCAACUGCAAUUGGAAAAAGGUUAAUAGCUGGUAGUGCUAAUACAGUGAAGAAGCUAUCAUUAGAGUUGGGGGGAAACGCUCCUUUCAUAGUAUUCGAUACUGCUGACGUCGAUGUUGCUGUAAAAGGAGCCAUUGCUGGCAAAUUCAGAAAUGCUGGACAAACGUGUGUGUCCCCCAACAGGUUAUUGGUACAAAGCAAGAUAUACAAUGAAUUUGUUGAUAAGUUAACACAAGCUGUGUCUAAUCUUAAAGUCGGUGAUGGUUUAAAUGAUGGAAUAGACCAAGGGCCACUCAUCAAUGCUGGGGCCAUUGAUAAAGUUGAGCGUCAUGUUAAUGAUGCUGUGGAUCAAGGAGGGGAGGUGUUGGUAGGUGGGACUAGAAUGACAUCGCUUCCUGGGACGUUCUAUAAUCCAUCAGUAUUGAUCAAUGUUAAUAAUGAAAUGCUAAUAACGAGAGAAGAGACAUUUGGACCCAUCGCACCGAUUAUAAAGUUUGAUACUGAAGAUGAAGCUGUCAGUAUAGCUAAUAACACACAAUUUGGACUAAUUGGCUAUUUCUAUUCGAGAGAUAUUGAUCAGAUAUGGCGUGUGAGUGAUGCCCUAGAGACAGGUAUGGUAGGUAUCAAUGAAGCUCUGCUUUCAAAUGAGGUGGGAGCUUUUGGCGGCAAGAAGCAAAGCGGAUUCGGCAGAGAAGGAUCGAAAUAUGGAAUCAAUGAAUACAUUAAUAUUAAAUACGUUUGUAUGGGAAAUCUAAAAACAUAAUAACAAUAUCAAUAUUAUAAUUGUUGUUCAGUCUUAAUAUUAAAAAACAUUGUCGUAUUUGUAGACACGGUCUUUGCUAGCAU